AUGGCUGACACCAGCUUACCUGAUUACAAAACUCUCUAUCUGCAGGCGGAAGAGAGACGAAAGCAGGAGGCAGAAGGGAGGCGGCAGGCAGAAGAGCGCGAGAAGCGGGAAGCAGAAGGGAGGCGACAGGCAGAAGAGCGCGAGAGGCAGGCAGAAGAGCGCACCCGACAGACCACUUUCACAGAGCUCAUUCAGCACUGCCAUGUCCUUCUCUCCCGAUCACUGAGAGUCGAUUCACCAUCUCGCUCAACAACUGGAAAAAUACCUCUUCCCAAGGGAAAAUACUGCCCAACUCGAUUGGAACAUUGGACCGACUGUCCAAAACAGCUCUCAGAGGUCUACGAGUCCGUCUGUCAAUAUCUUCACCCGGAGCGGGGACCGGAGCCUCGUCUGUUUUCGUCUGUGGCUGAAAUAGAAGGGCUUGGCCGUCGAUUUGCUCGCAGCCCACUGAGCAGCGAGCAAGAGCUUGAGGCCUAUGAGCGAUUUGGCGUUGAAGAACAUGUUCACGAUAUUAUAGCCGAGCUUUGCAAACUGCCAGCUGCUUGUGAGGAGUUCCGGCUCGGAGAUGGAAUCCAGUUUAGCAAUCAUAAGAAUUCCCUGAACGAAAAUGAACCCACGGAGGUUGAAGCAAACGAGCUACCCAGCACAAGUCAACCACGGCCUGACCAGUUCUGCAUCAACCGUGUCGACGGUAACUCGACCACCAUUCUGACGACUGUCGAGUACAAGCCACCUCACAAGCUGCCUACUGCAACUAUGCGCAUAGGACUUCGGCCAAUGGACCUCUGGAAGGAUGUGGUCCGAGCCAAUAAAACAUCAACCGACCAGGAAAAAAAGGUGAGGCACAACGCAGAGCGGCUCGUCUGCUCCGCCAUUGUGCAGGAAUACCAUGUUAUGAUCCAAGAAGGACUCGAAUAUUCAUAUCUGACCAAUGGGCUUACCCGCGUUCUCCUCCGUGUUCCGCCCGACCAGCCUAGCACGCUCUACUACUUUCUCUGUGACCCUCACAGCGAAAUGACCCCAGAAAGCGAUAUUGCUUCCCGGCUAUGGAAAUCCUCUGUUGCGAGGGUACUGUGCCUUUGUUUGAUGGCGUUCCGUUCACCUACCAGAGGGCAAGAAUGGAGAAACCGAGCGCACCCAGAUCUUCAUACAUGGCAAACAAGCUUUGACCACACACGCUCACAAAUCCCAGGAAAGGAGCUACAGCAGAUUCCCCACUCCGAUAGCACCAACCCCGAAUUUCCGAGUCCAGAGACUGGCUCAUCCUAUGCACUACCAUCGUCAUCUCCGUUACCAGCUCCCUCAGAGGGCCGUCGAGUGCCUACACGAUCUCAAGCGAGCUGUGCACCUUCGGAGGUUCGACCGCGGUCGCAGUCACCUGGCUCGUCCGGCUCCGACACAAAUCAAGCAACUGGCCAUAAGCGCAGGAUCAGUCAGGUCACGCCUUCACCGUCCGCUCGGCGAUCAGGCCGCCAGCAAAGGGCAGGGCACGACCAAGACGAUCAUUCACAGCGCCGCGCCGCGCAAUUCUGCACGCAACGGUGCUUACUUGGCUUGCAGACCAGGAAAGAUCUGGAUGAGUUGUGUCCAAACGUGGAUCAUCAUCGCCGGGGCCAGACCGAUCCGACUCAGCAUCCGAUAUCGGCCGAGGACUUGAUUUUUUCGUUGAAGAACCAGCUGGACGAGAACAUAGAUCGCUGCAUACCCUUCGGCGGUUGCGGCUCAUACGGCGCUCCGUUCAAACUGACCUGCAUGAAAUAUGGCUACACAGUUAUCGGGAAAGGCACCACUUCAGGGUUGUGGAAAGAAGUUUCCCGCGAAGCGGAGGUGUAUCGAGUGCUGCGCAAGGUCCAAGGAUCCGCUGUGCCUGUCUUCUUGGGUGCCAUGGAUCUGGCCAAAAUCUAUUUUCUUCAUGGCGCUGGACAAAUCCGCCACAUGCUUGUAAUGGGCUGGGGGGGGAAAGCACGGCGACGAUGGAGCUGA